CCAUCUUCAUCAUCACCCUCCUUCAUCUCUUCUCCACUUCACUUUGCUCCAAUUUCUGCAUCUUCAUCAGAAAUGGAGUCUGCAGCACCAAAGAGGCCUCGGCCCCAGCAAGAAGACGAAGAAGUAAACAGUGAGGAAUCGUCAAAGAGGCACAAGCCUUACAGCCACAUCCUCUCUCUUCUGGAAUCUGAUGAAGAGGAAUCCCCAAAAGAUCUCUCUCCUCUCAUCACUAAUCUCCAGCAAGAGAUUGCUUCUUCUCAAACCCCUUUGGCUCCGCCACCUGCAGAAAAUUCCCAGGUCAUCAACCCAGAAACGUCUCAUCAGCAAGAGCUCCCCAAUGCUUGUUCUGAAACCCCUUUCACACCACCUGUGAUGAGACAUCUUCUAGAAGCUUCUGAUGAUGAGCUUGGAAUCCCAAACACAGGCUGGUUGGACUUUGGGGAAGAUAACUGGUUUAGUGGCAGUAUUAUGAAUACUGAUGCAGAAGAUAUUAAUGGCUUUGCUUCUCUGUGCGAUGGCUUGUGGGAGCUUGAAGAUGAAACUGCUAACUAUUAUACUUUGCUGCAGUCUCAACUUUUUCUAUAGUUUCGAAUAAUUUUGCUGAGACUGACUCUCUCUCAGAAACAAUAGACACAAAGAUAUAUGGGAGGCAUUUUUUAUAUUAGUUUCUCAACUUUUAAUUACCUGCCUUUGUAAAAAGAUUAAGGGAUGGGACGGGACGGGACGGUAUGCUGAUUGCCUAAUUGUUGACUGAAGCAGGAUGUUAAUCAGCCAUUUUCUUCCCUUCAAUAUAUUUACUUUAUGUAUCUUUAAAUUCUUAAAAUUUAAGAAUAGAAGAAACAUUUGACCAUGAUUUCA